ACCACUGCAGCGCAUCUGCAGGCCAGUGCGACAGGCUUCCGGAGACACAGCACCAUGUGCAGGAGUCGGUGAAAGCGGGACUACUCCUCUCCGUAACCACUGCACCGUGGAGCUGCCUCGAAGUACGAGUGCAAUAAAUAGCCGCCAAAGCCAGUCGCCGGUGGCAGGAUGUCCCAGCGACACCGUGUAGAGUCAAGUGACGAACACUCGCACAGUAAAAGGAGUUCCUCUCACGGGCGUGACCACGACAGAGACAGGGACCGUGAUGCGCGGUCGAAAGACCGGGACCGUGACCGGGAUCGAGACCGUGACAGGGACGGGUAUGGGAAGUCAUCUGGGGUGCACAACAACCCAUCUGCAUUCAGCGGGGCCUCCUUCAAGCCGACCCCCGUACUGCAUCAGAUCAACCCUUUCACCAACCUGCCCCACACGCCACGCUACCAUGAGAUCCUCAAGAAGCGGCUGCAGCUGCCUGUCUGGGAGUACAGAGAGCGCUUUACCGAGAUCCUGAUGCGGAACCAGUCUUUUGUGCUGGUGGGCGAGACGGGCUCUGGAAAAACCACACAGAUCCCUCAGUGGUGUGUGGACAUGGUGCGGUCAACACCGGGACCAAAGCGAGCAGUGGCCUGCACCCAGCCCAGGAGGGUGGCGGCCAUGAGCGUUGCUCAGAGGGUGGCUGAUGAGAUGGAUGUCAUGCUGGGCCAAGAGGUUGGCUAUUCCAUCAGGUUUGAGGACUGCAGCUCUGCCAAGACUUUACUCAAGUACAUGACAGAUGGAAUGUUGCUGCGAGAAGCCAUGAACGAUCCCCUGCUGGAGCGCUAUGGUGUCAUCAUCCUGGACGAGGCCCACGAACGCACAUUAGCUACAGACAUCCUCAUGGGGGUCCUCAAGGAGGUGGUCCGCCAGAGGCCCGACCUCAAGGUCAUUGUCAUGAGUGCCACGCUCGAUGCCGGUAAGUUCCAGGUCUACUUCGACAGUUGCCCUCUGCUAACCAUCCCGGGACGCACCCACCCCGUGGAGAUUUUCUACACGCCGGAACCAGAGCGGGACUACCUGGAGGCGGCCAUCCGGACUGUGAUCCAGAUCCACAUGUGUGAGGAGGAUGAAGGGGACGCUCUGCUCUUCCUCACUGGACAAGAGGAAAUUGACGAAGCCUGCAAGCGAAUCAAGAGAGAGGUUGACGACCUGGGGCCAGACGUCGGCGAUAUCAAAAUCAUCCCAUUGUACUCCACACUGCCUCCACAGCAGCAGCAGAGGAUCUUUGAACCACCCCCACCCAAUAAACCAAAUGGUGCAAUCGGAAGGAAGGUCGUCGUGUCAACAAACAUCGCAGAGACAUCCCUUACCAUUGACGGCGUGGUGUUUGUAAUUGAUCCCGGAUUUGCCAAGCAAAAGGUGUAUAAUCCACGUAUAAGAGUGGAGUCCCUUUUGGUGACGGCCAUCAGCAAGGCCUCAGCCCAGCAGAGGGCGGGCCGUGCUGGACGAACACGCCCAGGAAAGUGUUUCCGCCUGUACACCGAAAAAGCCUACAAGACAGAAAUGCAGGACAACACGUAUCCAGAGAUCCUGCGGUCGAACCUGGGCUCUGUGGUGCUGCAGCUGAAGAAGCUGGGUAUCGAUGACCUGGUGCACUUUGACUUCAUGGAUCCACCAGCCCCAGAGACCCUGAUGCGAGCCCUGGAGCUGCUGAACUACCUGGCGGCGCUCAACGACGACGGUGACCUGACGGAGCUUGGUUCCAUGAUGGCAGAGUUCCCCCUGGACCCCCAGCUGGCCAAGAUGGUGAUCGCUAGCUGUGAAUUCAACUGUUCCAACGAGAUCCUCUCCGUCACUGCCAUGUUGUCAGUCCCACAGUGCUUCGUCCGACCCACGGAGGCCAAGAAGCUGGCGGACGAGUCCAAGAUGCGCUUUGCCCACAUUGACGGAGACCACAUGACGCUGCUCAACGUCUACCACGCCUUUAAACAAAACCACGAGUCCACUCAGUGGUGCUACGACAACUUUGUCAACUACCGCUCGCUGAUGUCGGCAGACAACGUGCGCCAGCAGCUGUCCAGGAUCAUGGACCGCUUCAGCCUGCCGCGGCGGAGCACCGAGUUCAGCAGCAGAGACUACUACACCAACAUCCGCCGGGCGCUGGUCACUGGCUUCUUCAUGCAGAUCGCUCACCUGGAGCGCACCGGCCAUUACCUCACGGUGAAGGACAACCAAGUCGUCCAGCUGCACCCCUCCACCGUGCUGGACCACAAGCCAGAGUGGGUGCUCUACAACGAGUUUGUGCUCACCACCAAGAAUUACAUCCGCACGUGCACCGACGUCAAACCAGAGUGGUUGGUGAAAAUUUCCCCGCAGUACUACGAGAUGAGCAACUUCCCCCAGUGUGAAGCGAAGAGACAGUUGGAGCGAAUCAUUGCGAAACACUCAUCCAAGGAAUACACUCAGUACUAAGAAGGUUUGCAUGUUCUGCAGCAGCAUCCCCAGUAUUUGUACAAAGUAAAAUCUGAACUCAUUUGAGGGUUGUAUAUUCUUUUCUUUCUUUUUUAAUGUCCAUCGACAACCUCAUCUUGAAUUCUAUUUUUGUCUCACCGUGUUUUAAUUCAACGAUUGAUGAAUUGUGUCCGGUGGCUUUUUUACGGCCACUGUGUGUCAUUGUCUUUGGAACAGAGCACGGCUAGAUGUGGGGGACUGUAUGACCGGUUAUCAGGAAUUCUGUCUUAAACAUGUUCUAUUACGUUAAUUUCAACAUUCCUCUUAAAGACAUAAUUGAUAACAAAUCCCACCUUGGGAUUCUUGGUUAGCAUUUUUGCAACUACUGCUAAAAAAAAGCAGCAUUAGUCUAUGGAGAGAAGCUUUUGAUCAAAUGUAAUUUAUACUGUAUUUUGAUGCAGGCAUAAUGUGAUGUGCUCCUGUCACGGAGAUGCUAAAAGUGGGCACAUUUCCAGUCAACUUAAUAAAAAUGCCUUUGUAAUAAAAUA